CUCUACAAGAUCUUUCUUAUCGCAGGCAGUUCUUCCGAUACAUUAGCUGGAGCUGUACUUUCUCCUAAUCAAAUUUCCUGCUUACUAAGUACACUACAGUUUUACGAUGAACAUUCUUCCACUACUGCUAACAACUAUAUCCAGUGUAUUGUGCUACAAAAUGGCUCUUUUCGUUCCUGGCAUGGCAAACAGUCAGAUCUUAUACAACGCACGAGUGGCAGAAACCUUGGCAAAAGCGGGACAUGACGUUACCAUGAUCAUGAUCAAUUCUGUGGAAGGAUUCGAAAACAAUGUGAAGGUUAUGAAAGAAGUCAAAAUUCAUCCAGUUAACGCCUCUUUUGGAUUGAGCAAGAAAGACAUGGAGGAAAGGCAAAGCAAGCUGAUUUUUGAGGACAUACCUGUGUGGGAUUCCCGAUUGAUGGCAAACUUCGAUGAGUUUGCUCGAUUGUUGACCGAUUCUUGUCAAAAGAUGUUGGAAAACACUGAGUUUAUCGAGUGGCUCGCUGCUGAGAAAUUCGAUCUGGUCUUUGCCCACAUGUAUGAUGUGUGCCCAAUAGGGCUUGUUCACCAUGUGAAAAUACCUUCAUGGAUUUGGCUCAACAGUGGUGCCUUGGUUGACUUUGUGGCGCACACCGUAGGAGUGCCUUCGGUCCCCAGCUAUGUUCCGCCGCUGAUGCAAGAAAGCUCCGAUCAUAUGAGUUUUCUCGAGAGAGGCAAGAGCUUAAUGGGGCACAUUUUAAUGCCAUUUUUCUGGAAAAGGAUGCUCGCAAAUAGAGAAACAGCAAUUUUCCGCAAAAUCGUUGGUCCUGAUUUUCCGGAUAUCGUCGAUCUUGCUAAGGACUGUCCCCUGGUUAUGGUAAAUUCGAAUGAAAUUUACGACCUACCGCGACCAACGUUGGCCAAAGUUGUGAAUAUUGGUGGUUUGGGAAUGGAAUCAAAGGAUGCAAAGCCACUCAAGCCAGAAUUUCAAAAGAUUGUCGAUGAUGCGGAAGGCGUGGUGGUAUUUUCAUUCGGUUCUAUAGCUCCUGCUCAUAGAAUGCCGAUGAGUUGGAAACUAGCCUUUAUCGAUGCAUUCAAACAAUUUCCGAAGCACCACAUAAUCUGGAGAUACGAAGGAACCGACUUGCAAGCCUUGAUACCGCCAAACGUGCAUCUGUUCAAAUGGCUCCCACAAGCCGAUCUAUUGCAACAUCCAAAAACUAAAGCAUUCUUGUCACAUGGAGGAUAUAACAGCGUACAGGAGGCCAUCUCCGCUGGCGUUCCCAUGAUCACUAUAGCCCUGUUUGGAGAUCAGCCAAAGAAUGCAAAAUUAGCGGAGAGGCAACAGUUUUCUAUAAACAUUCAUAAAAGUAAGGUCAACUCAGAUGUGAUAGCUGAAGCUCUGCACAGGAUCUUUAGGGACGAAAGUUACUCGCAGAAAGUCAAGCGAAUAUCAGAAAUGGUGAAGAAGAAGCCAGUCAGCCCUUCGCACUUAUUAGUUUCUUGGUCGGAGUUCACUGCCGAGUUCAAGACUUUAAAUAAUCUCGUACCCGCUGGGAACAAACUGAAUUUCUUGCAGUACCAUUCAUUAGAUGUUAUUGCAUUUCUUUUACUUAUCACUUUCUCAAUUGUAUUUAUCAUAUACUCAAUGGGAAAGUUUCUUCUAAGUAAGCUUUUGUCUAUGGUGAUCGGACGCAGGAAGGAAAAGAAAGCAUAAUGAUUCA